AUGUACUCCCUCGCCAAGUUACCAAGGGGUCAAUCCGCCCUCAAAACAGCUGUGAGGAGAUCAGUCUCCUCAAAGGCUUCCUCGGCAGGUGGUGUCAGUGUGAUCGGUUUCGAAAACAAAGGUCCAGCAGCAACCUCAAGUUUGACGGUGGCCAUUAAAGCCGGUUCCCGAUUUGAGAGUACUCCCGGUGUAGCUCAUGUGUUGAAGAAUUUCGCUUUCAAGGCUACCGCCAACGGUUCAUCCUUGAAGACAGCUAGAGAGACGGAGUUAUACGGUGGUGUUUUGUCUUCUGCUCUAUCAAGAGAACACAUCUUCCUCACUGCUGAAUUCCUCCGUGGUGACGAGGAACACUUCCUCUCCGUCCUCACCUCUGUCCUCUCUUCCUCCCACUUCUACGGCCACGAGCUCAAAGAACUCGUUCUUCCAGUCGUUCAAAGCGAAGCCAUCGCUGCUCAAUCAUCUCCUACCACCCUCGCUCUCGACGCUGCACACAAACUCGCUUUCAGAAAAGGAUUGGGUAACUCCCUUUACGCCUCCCCUCAUUACCCAGUCACCAUCGAUGAUGUCAAAUCCUACGCUCAAGGUGCAUUCUCCAAAUCAAAUGUAGCUGUGAUCGGAUCCGGUAUCUCAACAGAAUCAUUAUCGCAAGUGGUAUCAUCUGCUUUCGGUUCUGGAUCAUCUCAACCUGGAUCAUCUGGAUUGAACACCAGCAAAACAUCGUACUACGGUGGUGAAGCUAGAAUCCCACUUGAUAUCCAUGCUCCUCCAACUGCUUUACCAACUUUGGUUAUCGCUUACGGAACGACUUCGCCCGCUACUCCCGAAUUGAAAGUGUUGAAGCAACUGUUAGGUGGUGAAUCUUCGCUCAAAUGGACUCCAGGUACUUCACCUUUAGCUCAAGCUGCCGAUAAAGUGCCAGGUGGAUCAGCCAAGGCGUUCCUCCUUCCUUACUCUGAUGCCGCCCUCUUCGGUGUCGUCGUCUCUGCUCCUACUUCCCCACAACUCGCCGGUCUCGCCAAAGAAGUCGCCCAGAUCAUCAAAUCGGCGGGUUCAGCUGCCAAAGACGAGGAGAUCAAGCGAGCAGUCGCCAAGGCUACUUUCGCUGAUGCCACUGCUUCGGAAACUCUUGAGGGUCUCAUCGCUAACGUUGGUCCUGCUCUUUUCGCUGGUGGUGAAGUCAAGUCGGAAUCGUUCUCUGGUGUUUCCGCUUCUUCCGUCUCCAAGGCCGCUUCUGAAUUACUCAAAGCCAAACCUACUGUUGUAGCUGUCGGAAACGUGAAUGUCUUACCUUAUGCGUGA